ACUAACCCAGAGAGAAUGGAGAUGGUGCAUGGAACUCACAUCUCUCUGCUUUGUUCUUCACAGCACCUUCAGCAUCACGAGAGCGGGGUUGAGGGUGAAAGCUGCUAUUACCACUGUGUCCUCUGUAACUACUCCACCAAGGCCAAGCUGAACCUCAUCCAGCACGUGCGCUCCAUGAAACACCAGCGGAGUGAGAGCCUCCGCAAGCUGCAGCGUCUGCAGAAGGGUCUCCCUGAAGAAGAGGAAGACCUGGGACAGAUCUUCACCAUCCGCAAGUGUCCGGCUGCUGAUGUGGACGAAGCCACUGAAGAUGCAGAAGGGCCCAAUGAAACAGCUGUUGAUGCUGAAGAGCCUGCAAAAGAGCAAGAGAGUGCAGGGGACAAGGACCAGAGCAAAUGGACAGCGCCAGCCAGCCAGGCAGAGAAGGAGCUGAUGGAGCCUCCAGCAUCCUCCAAACGAGUACCAUUUCCCGGCAGCUCUGAGUCGCCUCUCUCCUUUAAAUGGUCAAAAACUUCAGAAGAGACCAAAUCGGAGCAGAUGUACCAGUGUCCGUACUGCAAGUACAGUAACACAGACGUGAAUCGGCUGCGGGUGCACGCCAUGACCCAGCACUCGGUGCAGCCCAUGCUCCGCUGCCCGCUCUGCCAGGACAUGCUCAACAACAAGAUCCACCUGCAGCUGCACCUCACUCACCUGCACAGUGUGUCCCCUGACUGCGUUGAGAAGCUCAUCAUGACGGUGACGACACCAGAGGUGAUGAUGCCCAGCAGCAUGUUUCUGCCAGCGGCCGCUCCGGAGAAGGACGGGAGCUCCACCACCGAGGAGCCGGGGAAGCAGCCUGAGCUCCCUGAGGACUCAGGAAAGAGUCUUUUACCAUCGGAAGGUACAGAGCACAGUGGUGAACCCAAGCCCGCUCCAGGUGAUCAGAGCUCUGCCAGGGAGGACUCCAGUUUCCUCUGCUGGAAGAAGGGAUGCAACCAGAUGUUCAAGAGCUCAGCAGCCCUGCAGACACAUUUCAAUGAAGUUCAUGCCAAGCGGCCCCAGCUGCCAGUGUCUGAUCGGCAUGUCUACAAGUACCGCUGUAACCAGUGCAGCUUGGCAUUCAAAACCAUCGAGAAGCUGCAGCUCCAUUCGCAAUACCAUGUGAUCCGGGCAGCCACCAUGUGCUGCCUCUGCCAGCGCAGCUUCCGAACCUUCCAGGCCUUGAAGAAGCACCUGGAAACCAGCCAUCUGGAGCUGAGCGAGGCCGACAUUCAGCAGCUGUACGGUGGUCUUUUGGUCAACGGAGACCUCCUUGCUAUGGGUGAUCCUUCACUUGCAGAAGACCACACUAUUAUAGUUGAGGAAGAUAAGGAGGAAGAGAGCGACUUGGAAGAUAAACAGAGCCCGACAGGGAGUGAUUCAGGGUCGGUACAAGAGGAUUCUGGCUCUGAACCAAAAAGGGCCUUACCCUUCAGGAAGGGCCCUAACUUCACUAUGGAGAAAUUCCUAGAUCCAUCUCGCCCUUACAAAUGCACAGUCUGCAAGGAGUCUUUCACGCAAAAGAACAUUCUCCUGGUUCAUUACAAUUCAGUUUCUCAUCUGCAUAAACUGAAACGAGCCCUCCAAGAGUCUGCUACGGGGCAACCUGAACCUACCAGUAGCCCCGACAACAAACCCUUUAAGUGUAACACAUGCAAUGUUGCCUACAGCCAGAGCUCUACCUUGGAGAUCCAUAUGAGGUCUGUCCUACACCAAACAAAGGCUCGUGCAGCCAAGCUAGAGGCAGCGGGGGGCAGCGGCAGUAGUAAUGGAGCUGGCAAUAGCAGCAACAGCAGUCUCUCUUUGGGUUCAUCUACACCAAGCCCAGUGAGCACUAGCAACAGUAAUGCUUUUACAACCACCAACACAAGCAAUUCAGGCUCAGCUCCCAUUCCCAGCCUGCUCAAUCAGGUGCCCAGUGAUACUGUGGGAAUUCCUCCCAUAGGUAACCCUGUUAGCACUAAUAUCUCCUCCCCUUCUGAGCCCAAAGAGGUAAACCGGAAGAAGCUGGCAGACAUGAUUGCAUCCAGGCAGCAGCAGCAGCAGCAGCAGCAACAGCAACAGCAAGCUCAGACCUUAGCACAGGCACAGGCCCAAGUCCAGGCCCACCUGCAGCAGGAACUGCAGCAACAAGCUGCUCUCCUGCAGUCUCAGCUCUUCAAUCCAGCACUUUUGCCACACUUUCCAAUGACCACUGAGACCCUUCUGCAGCUUCAACAACAGCAGCAUCUUUUGUUUCCUUUCUACAUUCCCAGCGCUGAGUUCCAGCUCAACCCAGAAGUUAGUUUGCCUGUCACCAGUGGUGCGCUGACACUGACCGGUACGGGUCCAACUUUGCUGGAGGACCUGAAGGCCCAGGUUCAACUCCCUCAGCAGAGCCAUCCACAGCUCCUUCAGCAGCAGCAAGGUCAGCUGUCCUUGUCACAACCUCACUCUGUCCUUAUACAGCAGAGUCAGCACCCAGAGAAGAAGAAUAAACCCAUAGUGAAGGAAAAGGAAAAAGAAACCCCACGGGAAAGUGCAGAGAGAGGCGACACUAAUGCAGCAUCUAAGGACUCUCUGCCUGAUAACUUAAAGCCCAAAGACAAGAAGGACUUUGUACCAGGCAGCAGUUCAGAGCCCUCCUUACUGCCCCCGCGUAUUGCAUCUGAUGCAAGGGGGAAUGCCACAAAAGCCUUGCUGGAAAACUUUGGCUUUGAGCUUGUCAUUCAGUAUAACGAGAACAAGCAGAAAGUGCAGAAGAAAAAUGGCAAGACAGAGCAAGGUGAGAACUUGGAAAAGCUGGAGUGUGAUACAUGCGGAAAAUUCUUUUCAAACAUCCUCAUCCUGAAGAGCCACCAAGAGCAUGUUCACCAACAUUACUUUCCUUUUAAGCAGUUAGAGAAAUUUGCCAAACAGUACCGAGAACACUAUGACAAAAUGUACCCACUACGGCCUCAGACCCCAGAGCCACCGCCGCCGCCUCCACCACCCCCACCUCCACUGCCUCCAGCACCUCCUCAGCCAGCUUCUACUCCCACCAUUCCCACUUCUGCCCCACCGAUUACCUCUCCUACAAUUGCACCAGCCCAGCCAUCUGUGCCACUCACCCAGCUCUCUAUGCCAAUGGAGCUCCCCAUCUUUUCACCACUGAUGAUGCAAACCAUGCCACUACAAACAUUACCUGCUCAGCUGCCACCCCAGCUUGGUCCUGUAGACUCUCUGCCUACUGACUUGGCCCAGUUAUACCAGCAUCAGCUCAACCCAAGCCUUCUCCAGCAGCAACAGAACAAGAGGCCACGGACACGAAUCACCGAUGACCAACUCAGAGUCCUUCGGCAGUAUUUUGAUAUUAACAAUUCCCCAAGUGAGGAACAGAUCAAAGAGAUGGCAGACAAGUCUGGAUUGCCCCAGAAGGUGAUCAAGCACUGGUUCAGAAAUACUCUUUUCAAAGAACGCCAGCGCAACAAGGAUUCCCCAUACAACUUCAGUAAUCCCCCCAUUACCAGCCUGGAGGAACUGAAGAUAGACUCACGGCCUCCUUCUCCAGAACCUCAAAAGCAGGAGUACUGGGGAAGCAAACGGUCCUCCCGGACACGCUUCACUGACUACCAACUCAGAGUCCUGCAAGACUUCUUUGAUGCCAAUGCUUACCCAAAGGAUGAUGAAUUUGAGCAGCUGUCUAACUUGCUGAACCUCCCAACACGCGUCAUAGUGGUGUGGUUUCAGAAUGCCCGUCAGAAAGCUAGAAAAAACUAUGAGAAUCAGGGAGAAGGCAAAGAUGGGGAACGGCGGGAGCUUACAAAUGACAGAUACAUUAGAACAAGCAACUUGAAUUACCAGUGCAAAAAGUGCAGCCUAGUUUUUCAGCGCAUUUUCGAUCUCAUUAAACACCAGAAAAAGCUUUGUUACAAAGAUGAGGAUGAGGAUGGACAGGAUGAUAGCCAGAAUGAAGACUCUAUGGAUGCAAUGGAGCUUUUGACUCCAGCCAGUUCCUCCUGCAGCACACCAAUGCCGUCACAAGCUUACAGCACGCCUACAUCUUCAGCUAAUGCAACCUCCUCAGCUUUUCUGCAGCUCACAGCAGAGGCAGACGAUUCCUCCACCUAUAGUUCUAAAGUAGAAGCUACAGAUGAGAAACCAAAGCAGUCUGAACCUCCAAGUACACAGCAAAACCAAACUCAAGAGAAGCAAGUACAACCAAAGCAAGAGUCUCAGCAGCAACAGGACCAAGGAGAACAGAAGACAAGUUCAGCACACCAAAAGAUUUCACAGUUAUCCUCCCCCUCUUCACUGCAACAGCCACCUCCACCUCCUCAGCCCCCUCAGUGUUCCUUGUCACAGUCAAGCCCAAGUCCGUCUCAGUUGUCACAUCUCUCCCUCAAACCCAUUCACACGUCCACCCCUCAACAGCUGGCAAACCUACCUCCGCAGCUAAUCCCGUACCAGUGCGACCAGUGUAAGCUGGCAUUUCCUUCUUUUGAGCACUGGCAGGAGCAUCAGCAGCUUCAUUUUCUGAGUGCACAAAACCAGUUUAUCCAUCCUCCAUUCCUGGACAGAACGCUGGAUAUGCCUUUCAUGCUUUUUGAUCCCAGUAAUCCACUACUUGCGAGCCAGCUGCUGUCUGGAACGUUACCACAGAUUUCAGCAACUUCGGCUACUUCGCCAUCAACACCAACAUCCACAAUGAACACGCUGAAGAGAAAGCUGGAGGAGAAGGCCAGUGCGAGCCCUGGAGAAAAUGACAGCGGGACUGGAGGAGAAGAACCACAAAGGGAUAAGCGUCUAAGAACAACGAUUACCCCAGAGCAGCUGGAAAUUCUUUAUCAGAAAUACUUGCUCGACUCCAACCCAACACGGAAAAUGUUGGAUCACAUUGCACAUGAAGUGGGCUUGAAGAAACGUGUGGUGCAAGUUUGGUUUCAGAACACCCGUGCGCGGGAAAGGAAGGGGCAAUUCAGAGCUGUGGGGCCUGCCCAAGCCCACAGACGGUGUCCGUUCUGCCGAGCUCUCUUCAAAGCAAAGACGGCUCUUGAAGCUCACAUCCGAUCUCGCCACUGGCACGAGGCAAAGAGAGCUGGAUACAACUUGACGUUGUCUGCUAUGCUCUUAGAUUGCGAUGGGGGACUCCAGAUGAAGGGAGACAUCUUUGAUGGAACGAGUUUUUCCCACAUGCCGCCAACUAGCAGUGAUGGUCAGAGCGUUCCUCUCUCCCCUGUGAACAAGAGCAUGGAACUGUCACCUCGAACUCUGCUGAGUCCAUCCUCCAUCAAGGUGGAAGGGAUAGAGGACUUCGAGAGUCCCUCCAUGUCCUCGGUCAACCUGAGCUUUGACCAAACAAAGCUGGACAAUGAUGACUGCUCUUCGGUCAACACUGCGAUCACAGACACUACAACAGGAGACGAAGGGAAUGCAGACAAUGACAGCGCGACAGGGAUUGCAACUGAAACCAAAUCGACAUCAGGACCCAGCGAAGGUCUGACAAAAGCUGCCAUGAUAGCAAUGUCUGAAUAUGAAGAUCGGCUGUCUUCUGGCCUGGUCAGCCCAGCUCCCAGCUUUUACAGCAAAGAGUAUGAUAAUGAAGGUACUGUGGACUAUAGUGAAACAUCCAGCCUUGCGGAUCCCUGCUCACCCAGCCCUGGCGCAAGUGGUUCAGCCAGCAAAUCUGGGGAGAGUGGGGAUCGGCCCGGACAGAAACGCUUUCGCACUCAGAUGACUAAUCUCCAGCUGAAAGUUCUUAAGUCAUGCUUUAAUGACUACAGGACACCUACCAUGCUGGAGUGUGAGGUCCUGGGCAAUGACAUUGGACUGCCAAAGAGAGUUGUUCAGGUCUGGUUCCAGAAUGCUAGGGCAAAGGAGAAGAAGUCCAAACUCAGCAUGGCCAAGCAUUUUGGUAUAAACCAAACAAGUUACGAGGGACCCAAAACAGAGUGCACUUUGUGUGGCAUCAAGUACAGCGCUCGACUGUCUGUACGUGACCAUAUCUUCUCUCAACAGCAUAUCUCCAAAGUUAAAGAAACCAUUGGAAGCCAGUUGGAUAAGGAAAAGGAGUAUUUUGACCCAGCUACUGUACGUCAGUUGAUGGCUCAGCAGGAGCUGGACCGGAUCAAAAAAGCCAAUGAGGUUCUUGGUCUGGCAGCUCAACAGCAGGGCAUGUUCGAUAACACCCCUCUGCAAGCUCUUAACCUUCCUGCUGCAUAUCCAGCACUACAGGGCAUCCCUCCAGUCUUGCUCCCAGGCCUCAACAGCCCAUCCUUACCAGGCUUCACUCCAUCCAACACAGCUUUAACUUCUCCCAAACCCAACCUGAUGGGCCUGCCCAGCACAAGCGUCCCUUCGCCCGGCCUUCCCACCUCUGGAUUACCAAAUAAGCAGCCCCCGGCAGCACUCACCUCGCCCACCCCGGCACAGGGCACGGCCAUUGCCCCGCAGCAGCCUCCGGCGACGACGCCGCAGCCGCAGCCGCAGCAGCAGCCCCCGCCACCACGCAAGGAGAAAGAGGGCGAGAAGGCGAAAGAGAAGGAGAAGGUGCCCAAGGGGAAGGGGGACCCCCUGCCAGGGCCCAAGAAGGAGAAGGGGGAGGCACCGGCGAGUGCCCUUGCAGCCCCACUGCCUGCCAUGGAGUACGCGGUGGAACCGGCGCAGCUCCAGGCACUGCAGGCGGCCCUGAGCUCCGACCCCACCACGCUGCUGACCAGCCAGUUCCUGCCCUACUUUGUCCCUGGGUUCUCCCCCUACUACGCCCCGCAGAUCCCUGGUGCCCUGCAGAGCGGGUACCUGCAGCCCAUGUACGGGAUGGAGGGGCUCUUUCCCUACAGCCCCGCGCUGUCGCAGGCACUGCUGGGGCUGUCCCCCGGCUCCCUGCUGCAGCAGUACCAGCAAUACCAGCAGAGUCUGCAGGAGGCAUUGCAGCAGCAGCAGCGGCAGGCGCAGCAGCAGCAGCAGCAGCAGCAGCAGCAGCAGCAGAAGCCGCACGCGACGCCCAAAAGGAGCCAACCCCGUCCCCGCGGGGGCCGCCACCCGGACAAAGACCCUGCCAAAGAACCCCCCAAGCAAGAAGAGCAGAAGAACGCACCCCGCGAGGUGUCCCCCCUCCUGCCCAACCCCCCCGAGGAGCCCGAAGCAGAAGGCAAGGGUGCGGACUCCCUCUGCGACCCCUUCAUCGUCCCGAAGGUGCAGUACAAACUGGUCUGCCGCAAGUGCCAGGCGGGCUUCGGCGACCAGGAGGCGGCCAGCGACCACCUGAAGUCCCUCUGCUUCUUCGGCCAGUCUGUGGCGAACCUGCAGGAGAUGGUGCUUCACGUGCCCACCGGCAGCGGCCAGGGCAGCGGCUCGUACCAGUGCGUGGCGUGCGAGAGCACGGUGUGUGGGGACGAAGCCCUCAGUCAGCAUCUCGAGUCAGCCCCGCACAAACACCGAACAAUCACAAGAGCAGCAAGAAACGCCAAAGAGCACCCCAGUCUAUUACCUCACUCUGCCUGCCCCCCCGACCCCAGCACCGCAUCUACCUCGCAGUCGGCCGCUAGCAGCGAGGAUGGGGACGAGGAGAGCGAUGUGGAGAACCUGGCCGGCGAGAUUGUCUACCAGCCGGACGGCUCGGCCUACAUCGUGGAGAGCCUCAGCCAGCUGGUGCAGAGCGGGGCCGCCUGUGGCAGCGGGGCUCUCCCCUCGCUGCUCCCGAACUCUCUCUCCAAGCAGGGGGAGCCUUCCGGCACCGCCCCCGUGUACCCACAGAUCAUCAACACCUUCCACAUAGCCUCAUCCUUCGGGAAGUGGUUUGAGAGCUCAGACCAGACCUUCCCGAAUACCUCAGCCCUGGCGGGCAUCAGCCCCGUCCUGCACAGCUUCCGCGUCUUCGAUGUGCGACACAAAAGCAACAAGGAUUACCUGAACAGCGAUGGUUCUGCCAAAAGCUCCUGCGUAUCCAAAGAUGUUCCCAACAAUGUGGACCUGUCCAAAUUCGAUGGCUUUGUGCUCUACGGGAAGAGGAAGCCCAUCCUGAUGUGUUUCUUGUGUAAGCUUUCCUUUGGGUAUGUCCGCUCGUUCGUGACCCACGCGGUGCACGACCACCGAAUGACUCUGAGUGAGGAGGAGCGGAAAAUUCUUAGCAAUAAGAACAUCUCCGCUAUCAUCCAAGGGAUAGGCAAAGACAAGGAACCUCUCGUCAGCUUUCUGGAACCAAAAAACAAAACCUUUCAGCACCCUCUUGUUUCCACAGCUAACCUCAUAGGCCCUGGACACAGUUUUUAUGGUAAAUUCAGUGGCAUUCGCAUGGAAGGCGAGCAGGCCCUGCAGGCUGGGCCAGCUGGCGGAGCAGAGCCGCCGCCUUCAGGCGUCCUGGCCCCCGGUGCGCUCCUCAACCUGGGUGGGCUGACCAGCUCGGCUCUGAAGACUCCAAUUACCUCAGUCCCCCUGGGCCCGCUGGCUUCCAGUCCCACCAAAACCUCCGAGGGGAAGGACCCUGGGGUGGCAGAGGGGGAGAAGCAAGAGGGGGGUGACCAGGACAGCCUCUCAGAGAAGGCAGAGCCUGUGGAAGAGGUGGAGGAAGAGGAAGAAGAGGAGGUGGAGGAAGAGGAGGAGGAAGAGGAGGAGGAGGAAGAGGAAGAAGACGAGGAUGAUGAGGGUUGCAAAGGACUGUUUCCAAGUGAGUUGGAGGAUGAACUGGAGGACAGGCCCCAGGAGGACCCUGGGGCUGUGGCAGGCGGCAGCAGCAGCAGCAGCAAAAAGGACCUUGCUCUCUCAAACCAAAGCAUUUCUAACUCUCCCUUAAUGCCUAACGUGCUCCAGACCCUGUCACGGGGCACAGCUUCUACUAGUUCUAAUUCUGCUUCUUCCUUUGUCUUUGAUGGUGCAAACAGGAGGAAUCACUUAAGCUUUAACAAUGAGGGCGGCGGAGCCAAUGUGGCAGAGGGCAGCAGGAGGCUGGACUUUAUCGAUGAAAGUGCCAAUAAAGACAAUGCCACAGCACCAGAACCAAAUGAGAGCACAGAGGGCGAGGACGGGAGCUACAUCUCCCAUCACCAGCAUGCUGGCCCCCUCUGUGAACUUGGGGGUGGGGAGUGCCCCUCGGGGAGUGGUGUGGAGUGCCCAAAGUGUGACACGGUCCUGGGCUCCUCACGGUCGCUGGGUGGCCACAUGACUAUGAUGCAUUCUCGCAACUCAUGUAAGACACUCAAGUGUCCCAAGUGCAAUUGGCACUACAAGUACCAGCAGACGCUUGAGGCGCACAUGAAGGAGAAACAUCCUGAGCCUGGGGGCUCCUGUGUCUACUGCAAAAGUGGGCAGCCGCACCCACGGCUGGCACGGGGUGAAAGCUACACCUGUGGUUACAAGCCCUUCCGCUGUGAGGUCUGUAACUACUCCACUACUACCAAAGGCAACCUCAGUAUUCAUAUGCAGUCUGACAAGCAUCUCAACAACAUGCAAAACCUGCAGAACGGAGGGGGAGAGCAAGUUUUCAGCCACACCGCCGGGGCGGCAGCAGCGGCUGCAGCAGCCGCGGCCGCUGCGGCAGCAAACAUUGGCAGCACCUGUGGGGCCCCCUCCCCCACUAAACCAAAAACCAAACCCACCUGGCGGUGUGAGGUGUGCGACUAUGAGACCAACGUAGCCAGAAACCUUCGUAUUCACAUGACCAGUGAGAAGCACAUGCACAACAUGAUGCUGCUUCAGCAAAACAUGUCCCAGAUCCAACACAACCGGCACCUGGGCCUCGGUAGCCUGCCGUCCCCUGCUGAGGCCGAACUCUACCAGUACUACCUGGCGCAGAACAUGAACCUUCCCAACCUGAAGAUGGAUAGCACUUCCUCAGAUGCACAGUUCAUGAUGAGUGGAUUCCAGCUUGAUCCUACCAAUCCCAUGGCAACAAUGGCUCCAUCUCUAGUGGGUGGAGAGAUCCCCCUGGACAUGCGGUUAGGCGGUGGACAGCUGGUGUCUGAGGAGCUAAUGAACUUGGGUGAAAGUUUCACGCAGACAAAUGACCCAUCACUGAAGCUCUUCCAGUGUGCUGUGUGCAACAAGUUCACUACAGAUAAUUUGGACAUGCUGGGCCUUCACAUGAACGUGGAGCGCAGCCUCCCUGAAGAUGAGUGGAAGGCAGUGAUGGGAGACUCAUACCAGUGCAAGCUGUGCCGCUACAACACACAGCUCAAGGCAAACUUCCAGCUCCACUGUAAGACGGACAAGCAUGUACAGAAAUACCAGCUGGUAGCACACAUCAAGGAGGGUGGGAAGGCCAACGAGUGGAGGCUGAAGUGUGUGGCCAUUGGGAAUCCAGUACAUCUGAAAUGCAAUGCUUGUGACUACUACACCAACAGUCUAGAGAAGCUGCGUCUUCACACAGUAAACUCGAGGCAUGAGGCCAGCUUGAAGCUCUAUAAGGUAAGGGUUGGCUUUGCUUUGUCUUCCUUCACUGCCCGAGUGCUGGAACAAAGGAGGAUCUCCUUUGAACCUCAGUGGAUUGUGAUCCUUUGGAGACAAGCUGCUCAUCUCUCUCCAGCAGGGCCCAGUCUCACUUGUGCAAUACAGGUUUUGGCUUUUGUUAUCGCAGCACCUGCAGAUUUUAAAGCCUUUGGCCAACAAGCACUGAUUUCAGAAUGCUUUAUUGGGGUCUUCAGUGUCUUAGUAUCGCACGUGUGUCAGAUGACACUUUUAUGUGCAACAAAUGGCAUUCAUUUUUGAAAAUGUGCAAGAUGUUAUUAGCCACAGUUUACUCCCUUCUGUAAGGUAGAUUGUUAACCCAUAUGAGAUGCUUCAGGAGAACCUGAAGGCUUUUGCUCUUCUGAAAGAAAUGGGUUAUUCUGGCAUGGAGAGUGCUGAGUGGAGCGAGCAAGGAGGGAAGAAAGGAUGGAAGAGGGCUGCUAUCACUGUGUGUUUAUGCUCUCUAUAUGUUAAUGCCGGGAUCUGUAAGGAAAGUGUUGCUUAAUGCUGGAAAAGGGAGAAGCUGGGAAGAGAAACCUUGUGUGAGUGCACAUACGAUUGUGCGUGUGACCAGACAGUUGGGAGGCAUUGCAGGAUUUCAUCCCUGGUGAUACUUGGCCUGGGACUGCCAUCUUGUUUUCCUUUCUCUCUUUGUGUGUUUGUUUGUUUUGGCUUCAUUUUGUGCCUUCAUAACCAUCUUCCUCUCCCUGACGUAUUUUUCUCGCUCACAGCCCCCUCCCCUUGCUGGCCUGAACCCUGUGGGCUGUAACCCAAGAGGAGCUCCGGAUACAGUAAAUAGUCCUUUCACUUGUGCAGCAGAAUUGCUCCAGACGUUUCUAUUGAUUUUCACUGGACUUAAAGCUUCACCUUUUUCUCUAAUCAUCCCAUAAUGGCUUUAGUAUGAUCAAUCAGGUACGAAUUGCCAUAAAUCUAAGCAGCUGCAUACCUUCCAUUCACACAUGCUAUGCUGCUGAUUGCCUUCUUUCUUUCACUUUUUCUAUUUUUUAUCCGUCCUCAUACUU